CAGAAAACAGCCUCGGGUCCCAGGGACUGUGUGUAAUGGAAGGCUGGCAUCUUCCCAUUGUUCUGCUCUGUCUCCUGUUCUGCGAGGUUUCCGUUGCUGUGUAUAAGCAGUGGAUUCCAAGCACCAAUUUUGAAGAUGCUUCCAACUGGGACAAAAACCGAACUCCAAGUGAGACCGACAUUGUCAUGUUUGACAGCAAUAAGAUGGUCUCUGUAUUUAUUGGGAGCACUCAUGUUCUUACAGGCGCACACCUUCCUCUGAAUGGGGAGUUUAUCUUGGCUCCGGAUGCUGGUUUUGCUGCAUUUGAUGGUGCCUCUGAUCCCAGCUCGGAUUCAGAUCACAACAUCCACUUCCUAAAUGCUGAUCGGUACAGCUGGUAUGACCCCUCCUUGUGGCGUACAAUCCAAGAAGAAAAUGACCACCUAUUUUCUGUGGAUACUGAACUUAUCCCCUGUAGCCAGGAUGAUGUCAUCUUCCCAGAAGAAACCUCCUUCCGUGUGGACUUGGGGGCUGGUGGCCGGACCAUCAGCCUCCACAGUAUAUCCAUCCUGGGCCAGAAGUUCAACACGGAUCAGGAGCUGGCCACCUAUCUGACCAGCAGCACUGGGAAGUUACAGUUCCAUGGAGCUGGUUCUUUAAAGUUGAUUCCUGAUUCCUGUGAAGAUCCUUCGGGUUGUAAAUGUGGUAAUGAUGAGGUCGAGUCCUGGAUCUGUGCCUCUCUACUCCAGACCUCUGGUGGUCGCUGUCCCAAACCUGCUUGUCAAGGAGCCCUGAAACCUGUGGGUCAAUGCUGUGAGAUCUGUGGAGCUAUGCUCUUCUUCAACUACACCCAGGCCUUUGAUCUUCAACAGUACAAGCAGAGGCUGCUCCAUACCUUCCUGGACCUGCCCCAGGCUUCGGGGGUGCGCAUGGCCAUCUCAAAAGUACACAGGGCAAACACAGUGCCAGGGUCGGUGCACGCAGCUCGUGGGAAGCGACAGGCCGGGACCAUGCCCCAGAUCCAAGUGGUGCUGACAGAUGAUGGAGCCGGACCCGAGGCAGGAAGGGCAGCUAUACAUGUGGCCCACGCCAUCCUCACUGAUGUGGCUGAGCAAGGAGCAGACUUUGGGGUCCUGCAAGGCAACAUGGAAUAUUCAAGCAGCAGCGGCUCCACAGCUGGGCUCACAGGAGAAAGACCAACCUCAGGGCUGGUGACUGGCAUGGCUAUUGCCUUGGUCUUGGGGCUGAUGGCACUGCUUGGGGGUCUUCUGCUUCUUCACCGCACUGGACGGGUCAGGCUGUGGCCCCUGCCAAUCCCCACACUGUGGCACAGAUCAGAAUCUGCAUCAAACCAAGGGAACUUAGGCUUCGAGAACCCCAUUUUUGACAGUCUGGCUUAUGUCUCCGGCCUGAAUCCUGGCCCUGAUGUGGAAGUGGUUUUGGAAGAUGCCUCUUCUCCAACGAGCGCCAACAGGAAUAGUGGCAGCUAUUUCACUAACCCCUUGUUUGAAACAGACAUCUAAGGCCCUUCUGUUCUUCAUUCUUGCUUCGCUCUGAUGUUGGUUCAGGAUGUCCAGAGGAGAAACUAGAACAGCAAAGUAUGACCCAUCUUCCACCCAGAGAGAGGAGGCUGAAGGUUCCCUGCAGACAGACAGUGGGAGGGCAGCACUAGCCUUGCCAUCACCUAAGAGCUAGAGAAAGAAGAGCUGGUCUUUUUCAAUAAAAGUUAUCUGACUAGCAAAA